ACUGGAAGAUAAAAGGCGUCUUUUCUGCUUUCUCACGUUUGUUGAGAGUAUGACUCGCACUCUGGGCGAAAAAGCCACACUUCCUAGUAGUUGUGCGCUCUUGGAAAGUUGGGCUUGCGGACUUCAGGGAGGCAUCUCCGUCGGACCAGUCUCAGGAAUGCAGCGGGAAGUGUAGGAAGCUUUCGGGCGCAGCUCGGUUUUCUUUUGCGGUAAAACCCGGGUGCAUGUCCAAAGUCUUUUAAAACUCCGGCGACGUUUGAGGAUUAUCGGAGACCGAGGCGCCGAUUCCAUCUGCACCAUGGGCUGCAGCAAGGUGAUGUGGGGGGUGAUAGGGGCGGCUGUCGUCAUCACGCUAAUAACAAUCCCAGCAGUUUAUUACAGCAAGUCUGGCCAUGCCAAAAGGCCUUUCACCCUGGUAGAUUACUUCAACGACACCAUCAGAUGGAAACGCUACAAUUUGUAUUGGAUCUCAGAUACGGAGUAUUUGCAUAAAACAAGUGAUGGACACAUCUUCCUCCACAAUGCAGAAACGAAAGAGGAGUCCCUAUAUUUGAGCAAUUCAACCUUUGCCCAAGUGGAUGCAAAUGAUUACUUGUUGUCGGGUGAUCAUAAAUACAUCGCUUUUGAAAGCAAUUACACAAAGAAAUGGAGGCAUUCAUUCACAGCAUCGUAUUCCAUCUACGACAGGGAGAGAUCAACAUUUGUUACACCUGCGAACCUUCCGCCUGUCAUACAGUACUUUGCCUGGGCCCCAACAGGAAACAAAUAUGCCUAUGUCUCAGACUUCAACGUGUUUUUCAAGUCUGAUGUCACUGCUGAAGUCGUACAAGUGACUCGCAAUGGGAAAAAGAAUGAGGUCCUUAAUGGCGUCCCUGACUGGGUCUACGAGGAGGAAGUGUUUGCAUCAAAUGGGGCAAUAUGGUGGUCCUCCACUGGGAGAUUCCUUACUUAUGCGGAGUUUAAUGACACAGACGUUCACAAAGUGGAGUUCUCUUGGUAUGGGUCGGAGCAAUAUCCUCAAACAGUGGCUGUUCCAUACCCAAAGGCUGGAUCAGCCCUUACCAAGGUGAAACUGUUUGUGGUAGACACCACUGAUCCCUCCCGCCGCACGCAGGUCGUUCCACCUGCUCCACUUGCUUCUGGUGAUCACAUUUUGUGCUCGGUGAACUGGGUAACGGACGACCGCGUCGCUGUGCAGUGGCUCACGAGAAAACAGAAUUACGUGGUCGUGCAGAUCUAUGACUUCGACGGAAGUGGCUGGAAAGAAAAGCAGAAAUUUGAGCAGACAAGCAAGACGGGCUGGGUAGGACAUUAUAUGCCCUUGCCUCUUUUCUUUGCUGAAGAUAAGCUCAGCUUCUACAAAGUGAUGAGCGACACCCAGGGCUACAAACAUAUUCAUUAUGUGAAAGAUGGCAAAGCAACCCCAAUUACCUCUGGGAAAUGGGAGGUUAUCUACAUAUCCAAAUUAACAAAAGACGCCAUAUAUUUUGUGAGUAAUCAGUACAAUGGAAUACCUGUGCAGAGAAAUCUCUUCAAAGUUACGAUUGGAAGAAGCCCCUCUGCCCCCCUGUGUCUCACUUGCAGCGUGUACAAAGACAGGUGCCAGUACAAUUCCGCUUACUUCAGCUCUGACGCCUCUUACUACCGGAUGGACUGCUACGGACCUGGAUUGCCCCUCUACACACUUGUGGACAACAGGGAUUCAAAUGCAGAGCCUACCAUUCUUCAAGACAACAAGGAACUGAAAAACAUUCUGUCUGAAAUCCAAAUGCCGACUGUGCAAUAUGGCUCCUUGAAGGUUGCAGGAUUUGAUCUUUGGUACGAAAUGAUGUUACCACCGAAUUUCAAGAAGUCUAAAAAAUAUCCUCUUCUUAUUGAUGUUUACGCCGGCCCCUGCAGUCAAAGUGUGUCCUAUCGCUUCAAGCUGAGCUGGGCCACGUAUCUCUCAAGUUCGCUCGGGAUCAUCGUCGCCAGCUUUGAUGGACGGGGAAGCGGUUACCAAGGUGACGAAAUAAUGCACUCAAUCUACAGACGCCUCGGGACGUUUGAAGUGGAAGAUCAGAUAACAGCGGUCAGAAAGUUCAUUGAUAUGGGUUUUAUCGACAAAGACAGAAUAGCAAUAUGGGGCUGGUCAUACGGUGGCUAUGUCUCGUCAAUGGCCUUGGGUGCCGGAACUGGACUCUUCAAGUGUGGAAUUGCAGUGGCCCCGGUUGCCAAGUGGGAAUAUUAUGAUGCGGUGUACACUGAGCGCUACAUGGGCAAACCCACGGAGAAUUCAGAUUCCUACCAGAACUCCUCAGUGACAUCCAGAGCCAAGAACUUCAGAAAAGUAGAGUACCUGCUGGUUCACGGCACGGCCGAUGACAAUGUCCACUUCCAGCAGGCCGCACAGAUCUCCAAAGCUCUGGUGGAUGAGCAAGUGGAGUUUGAGACGAUGUGGUACGCUGACAAGGACCACGGUCUCACAGGAUCAGCCUACCCUCAUAUAUACACCCUCAUGAGUCACUUCCUGCAGAAAUGCCUUAAUCCCAAAUAGAUGUGAACUCUGUGACAACAUCUGUGAUUACUUUUUUUUUCCUUUUUAUUUGUGUUUUUUUACUCCUACAAACACUCAGAAAGGCCAUACUGAGUUUGUUUUUAAGAUGUUUAUAUGUGUAACAGACGUUGGAUUGGUCAUACAAAUGAAUGUUUGUAUUUUAUCUAGAAUUUCGUUCAAAAUAUGUGACAAAAAUAAAAGCCAUUGCAUGCAUUUACACCUGGAAACAUUUUGAUUUGAAUGUGAUCAGUCAUGGAAAAUAAAAGUCCAUUUUCUCGAGGACUUUUAGCAUAAUUUUCAGGUACUAGUAGUUCUAUUUAAAGCCACUUUGCGCUUUCACUCCACUGCAUUUGAAAGGGAAACAUUGUAGUUUUGUUUUGAACAAGCUUUAAAAGUACAAGGCAUUGUCCAGUAUUGAACAAAUGGUUUGCAGAAUUUUUCUCUCCUGAAAUCUUACAAAUGUAAAAUUUGAGUAUUGUGGUUAAUAUGUUCUAUUUCUGCUUACAUGCUUUUAUUUCAGUAAACUUAAGUACACUGAUGCUUCGGUACUGUCAAUCUAAUGAUUCCAUAUAUAAUAGUGUUUCACUCAGAGGGACCAACCCAGUAAGAUUUCUACGUUUUGCUGCUACACUGCAAAAAAUCCUUGUAUCAAAGAAAGUAUCUUAUAUUUUGUUCAGAGACAAGGACUUUGUGCUUAUUUUAAUAAUUUCUGUCAAGCAAAGAAAGUUUAACCCACUGGCAGAUUUUUUCUUUUCUUAAUACAAGAUGAUUUGAUUGAAUAUAAGAAUAUUUUUGCUUCUUUCUUGUAAUGCUGUGUUUUUCAGUGUAGUACAUAUGUACUUUUACUCAAGUAGGAGUAUUUUUACUAUGUUGUGAAGAACCUGAAUACUCCACCACAGAACAUUGUAACCAACAGUAGAUCAAUUGCACUGCACUGAUUUGUUGUAGAGUGGUGUCAUUUGUGUUUAAGUUGUGUUCUAAUGCCGGCAAAAUAAAGAGUGCUUUGAAAUAUAA